UACAUGUUUUGAUUAAAAUUAUACAUCACAACUAAUAAGUUAAACACUUAAUUUGGAGAUUAGAACUUUUCAACAAAAAUUCAGAUAAAUAGGUGAUUCAGCUAAAUUAUAUUUUAUACGUAUUUUUCCAAUAUUAUAAGAAAUAGGAACGGUUUUCUUAGUUUCUUCAAGUAUGGUGAGUAUGAUGCUUUUUAUGUUAUUGUUCAGUCGACAAGGUAAAUUGCGUUUGCAGAAAUGGUAUAUGGCUUAUCCGGAUAAAGUAAAGAAGAAAAUAACUAGAGAAUUGGUAACCACAAUCCUGGCUCGCAAACCCAAAAUGUGCUCCUUUCUGGAGUGGAAAGAUUGCAAAAUCGUUUAUAAACGAUAUGCGAGUUUAUAUUUUUGUUGCGCUAUUGAACAAAAUGAUAAUGAAUUGUUAACUCUCGAAAUCAUUCAUCGUUAUGUCGAACUAUUGGAUAAAUAUUUUGGAAGUGUUUGCGAAUUGGAUAUAAUUUUUAAUUUUGAGAAAGCAUACUUUAUCUUGGAUGAGUUGUUAAUUGGUGGUGAAAUACAGGAGACUUCCAAAAAAAAUGUGCUUAAAGCAAUUGCAUCCCAGGAUUUACUACAAGAGGAUUUCAAUGAGUAUUUAAAUUAAUUUAAUAUACUUAUUCAAUUUAUUACUUAUGCACAUUAAUGUAUAAUGGUAUUAUGUACAUAACAUACUAACCUUCGUAGGGUUUAAUACACUAAGUACCAAAGCUACUGGUUUGGUUAAAGUUGAGUUGUUAAUUUGUAAAUCUUAAACUUUAUAAUUUACAUAUGUACAUACAUACAUAAUUAUAUACAAAGGAUCAUACGGAUAAAUAAAAGUAUAAACUAUGAAACAACAAUCUAUUAAUAUCAAUACCAAAGCGUCUAUUGGACGACAGUCAAUUCUACAUUGCCGGAAUUGCACCGGAUUUAAUGAUGGUAUAUGCUUUUUUAGCGAUCUAAUCUCUUUAGAUCGGUAAGUAGAAAUGUAACAAAAACUCAACCCAGAAUUAAGUCUGAGGCAGAUGCUGCAUCUGAAUUUCACUCACUUUGAGUGAUAAACGUAGCAACGGAACGAACUCAGCGAGGCAUAAGGCAUUUACCAUCACAUGUUACUUUCAAUUAUGCUAGACAAUAUUACAUCGGUAUGCGGUUUCGAAAAUAAAUGUCGUCAUGUGUGCUUUUUGCUCGACUAGUGUCAUUUUCGAACUAGUGUAAGAGUGUUGCUAACUAAGCACCCCACACUCAAACGUGACGUUCUGGAUAUUGUGGCAAGUUAAAUUCCUACCUAUCCAGAAUAGACCCUGACAUACUCAAUGUAUGCCCUGCAUGCAACGAGUCUCCGCAUGACACUGACCACCUCUUUGCAUGCCCUACCCUUUGGUCCGACCCCAUCGAAACAGCGCGUUUCCUGGACCUCCCGUUAGAGGACGUCGACGACAACACUGCUAGCCCCUACCUUCCUAAAGGGGAUUGAGAAACCCUUAAAACAACAAAAACAACAACUCAAAUGAGACAACUACAUCAGCAAGUAUUGUAUAAUAAAUAGUGCCGACAGUAGACGAAAAAACAAAAAAAACGUAUUUCUUUGAAAAUUAUUCUUGAAUUUGCCUUGGCAGGCCAAAAUUUACAGCAUUCAAGGGGAUACACUAGGAAUUAUCUCAAAAAAUCAUCUUAGAUUAGUUCUUUCUAUUUCUGUUUAUUUGCUAUAUUUGUCUUGACGACUGUGCCAGAAUCAACUACAUAUGUAUGUUCAAAAAGAAGUUAACAACUAUUCCUAUUUUUCUAGCUUUUUUAACUUUGUCUCACUUGCUUACGAAUACCGAAUAUAAUAACUACUUAUGACAUUGACACACAAAACGUAUGCAUGUCUUACAUGCAACUAGUUACAAUAAACACUAUUUCUCAUACCCUUCAAACCUACUCAUCUGAUAACCUGGACCACAUAGGUUCGAUGAAAACUUUCUCUAAUUUUCUAGGGUUUCGAUAUAACAGUUCCAGCAGAAUAAUUGUAAAAUAAUUUUCAUUAGUAAAUUAUUAUACUGAAUCUACUGUUUGUUUACUUAUUUAGUUUUUACCCUGCCGCUACUAAUUGUUUAUUAAAAUCAAUUUAUUCU